ACCCGGAAGUCAAUGUCUUCACGUGCUCAGUGAGUAAAGAUGUCUGCUGCGUUGAAGAGACCUAAAGUUGCUUCUCCUCAGUCCGAGGAGCGCGUGGACUGGAAGAAACGGAAAGCAGAAAUAAAGGAGGCUAAAAAGCAAAGAAAAGAGGCAAAGCUGAUCAAACAGUUGGAAAAGCAGAAAGCUCAAGAAGAGGCAGCAAAAGAAGAGCAAGAAGAAAGCCACAACAAAACAGGCCGUCCUUACACGGUGAGCGUCGCCGUGCCGGGUUCUGUCCUGGACAACGCUCAGUCCACUGAACUGCGGACAUACCUGGCCGGACAGAUCGCUCGAGCCUGCGUCGUCUUCUGCGUCGAUGAAAUCAUUGUGUUCGAUGAGCAAGGAGAAGACGUCAAGAGUGUUGAAGGAGACUUUACCGGCGUCGGGAAGAAGGGACACGCUUGUCUCCAGCUGGCAAGAAUACUUCAGUAUCUUGAAUGUCCACAGUAUCUGCGGAAGUGGUUCUUCCCAAAGCAUCCGGAUCUACAGUAUGCAGGACUUCUGAACCCUCUGGACAGCCCUCACCACAUGAGGAUAGACGAAGAGUCUGAAUAUCGGGAGGGGAUUGUUCUGGAUCGGCCGGCGAAACAAGGAAAAGGCUCCUUGGUCAACUGUGGAAUGAGGAAGGAUGUCCGUAUCGACAAGCAGCUGCAGGCUGGACUUCGAGUGACGGUGCGGCUCAAUAAGACGCAGAUUCAAGAAAGCAAAGUGAGUAAAGGAGUGGUUGUGGCUCCUCACGUGCCCAGAAGCGAAGGCGGUCUCUACUGGGGCUACAGCGUUCGCCUCGCCUCUUGUUUCAGCGCAGUUUUCACAGAAAGUCCGUUUAAAGAAGGCUACGACGUGACGGUUGGCACAUCGGAGAGGGGCAGCAGCCUGGACCGAGCAACGCUCCCUCCAUUCAGGCAUCUUUUGGUGGUUUUUGGAGGCCUUCAGGGAUUAGAAGCCAGUGUGGACGCCGACCAAAACCUGGAUGAAACGGAUCCCAGCGUGUUAUUUGACCUUUACCUCAACACGUGCCCGGGUCAGGGCAGCAGGACCAUUCGCACUGAGGAAGCCAUCUUAAUUUCCAUGGCGGGACUGAGGCAGAAGAUCACAGCUGCUUCCUCAGACGUUUCUAAUGGCUCAUUAAAAAGCAGUGAUGUAGCGAAGUAAUUAAAAUGGUGCUGAUGGAUGGAUCAAAGAGCUGGUGUUUCCUGUGAGCUGGUUGCUCGUCUCCGACUGGAUUAUCAUCCUUGCCUGUGGCUCAGAUUGAACCAGAUUUCUCCUGCUGAUGAAAAUCUGACUUUUGCUCCUGAGUCAUGAAACAAAUUGUCAGUAUUUUUAAAAAUGCAAAUGCUAUUCACAUGCAAGAGCUGCUGUUUAAGUAUUCGACAAACAAAUACAACUAAACAAGACAUCUCAAUCAAAGCUGGCCAGGGAGAAUUUCUAGUAACAUGGAUAAUUCAACAGUUACAUAUGUUUCUUUGGGGGACAUUUCACUGUGUUUUUCUGCAGAAGACUUCAUUAAAAUUAACUAUGUUGAAAUUAGACUCCAUUUCAACAGUUUUUUUUUUUUUUUUGUUUUUUUUAAAGUACACUGCAGCAACAGCUGCAAAAAAGUGUAAAUUUAAAGUUAUUGCUCUAUUUUUUCAGCCCAGAGGUGAAGUCAACCUUGCAGAGUGAGUCAAACUUAUAUGGGGCAUUUUGGGAAUCAGUUUGAUUUAGAUGCAACAAGACGAACUUCCAACAGUGCUGUUAAUUUCUCUCUUAAGCCUCUGUUCUGUUUUCUAUCUUUAAAAAAUAUAUAUGUAAAAAGCACUUUGUGUGUGAGAAGUACGAUACAAAUAUCUGGAUACUCUCCCUGAAACGACCCUGGUGGGAUUCAGCUUGUUCCUCGUGGCCUCCACUGCUCCCCUUGAUAAGUCUUUUUAUAUGAAUAUAAAUAAUGCUAAUGAUAUCAGAAUGGUGGGUGUUAAAAUCGUCAAUAUCCUGUCAAACUGAGCAGCCAGAUCCACUUCUUCACAUACAUUUGUUUUCCCUCAGUUUCCGUGUAUUAUUGUUGGGUUAAAAUAAAUGCUUACAUUCACCAUCAUAUUCAUAAAUCGGUACUUUUGGGAUCCUUCUCUUGCUUUAUGAAGCCUGAAUGAUCCCCAGUUUAAAAAUAAACUCAAACUUCAGCAAUGCUAGCAAUUCAAGGUGUCGCCUUACUGAAUCGAGCAGGCGAUUGCUCAUUGGUAAGCUGAAUGUUAAAUGAUACCGACCGCGAUGCGUUCGGGGUUUGGCUGUAUGUGUUGGGAUGAGACAAAACCAGGAGGUUCACCUUCUAAAGCGGAAAUGGAUCAGUAGUAUCUUGGAAAUGAAGAUAUCUAUUCAGUAUAAAUUAUAUUUAAAUGUGAAUAAUGUGUCAGUAUUUGUGAAAUACAUCUAUUGCCUCAU